AUGACGCCGUUAGCACAGCCACCCUUUGCCAUGCCGCUUCCCUUCCUCCCACCGAAGAACAGUGUCAACCACUUCCCCGGCAGACUGACACCAUCACCACUUCACCCAGUUCAUCCCACAUUGACACCCAUCACCGACGCCUCCUGUACGCUUCUACCCAAUACGUCCCGCGCACGAGACCCAAGCCAGAUGAUGCCUUCUACACCAUCACUCCUACUGCCGCCUCCCUGCAACCUCCAUCGAAACCAAUUGCCCAUCGUCAACAACAAGAAGCCCCUCCCAGCGAAACCUCGCUUCUCGUCCCUGACACCCCCACCACCACCCACGUCUUUCGCUACCGCAACCCACGCUGUCUCCCAGAACACUCCAUCCGUUCCAUGGAACUACUGUCAUCCAUCUCCUCCUGUUCCACGCGAACCACAUCACCUGAAAGAACUGGCUACCUUCACGCAACAUCACCAACCCGGCCCAAUAACGCAACAUCACCAACCCGCCCCAAUAACCUCCCCAUCCAACUCCUCUCCGAGAACUUCACUCUACAACCACCAACCAACCCACAAUCCCAACAACCCUGGAAUUUCUCAACUACCGAAUCUUUCUUCCCCACUUCAACGCCUCCAGCCUGCAACCAUGGCCAAAACCAAAACCAAGAGGAACCGUGCCAAGCGUCGUCAAACCCCACCGCGAGCUCCAACACCACCGAUCCCUUCCUCCAAAGCCUCGGCAACAACAACCACAACAACAACCGCUCCAUCCUCCAGCCAAGAGAGCCACGGAAUAGGAGCCCAACCAGACUCACUCCGCGCAGACCCAAGCGCCGCCGCCGCAAGUGAGUCCACAAGCAGCAACAGCUCCUCUUCUUCCUCAUCCUCCUCAUCCACCAGCACCAGCUUCCAUGAUAGCAAGCCUACUGCCAACACCCCUGCUGUCACUACCAAAGAUGCCACCCAAGCUGCCACUACCAAAGCUCCACAGAAGAAGUCCCCCACUACCGCCAAACAUGCCUCUACCCCCACAGAAGUAUCCACUGGGCCACACCCUGCUAAUGCAUCCUUUGCCUCUGGCCUCUCAUCCAAUCCCUUCUCUGCGCUUGCUGAUGAUUCCAUGUCCGUUGCCUCUGAUGAUGCCACACCCACCGAAGUAAACAUCCUCCAAGGCUGGUCCCCAGCAAAUCCCCCUGCUCCCAUCACCGAGUUGCUGCUGUGCCAUCCGUUCACUGCCACAAUUACUAAUCGCCUAUUAACUAACCACCAAUACGGUAAUCGAUCCGCAGUCAUUCACCGACGGAUCAAUCCUACCACUCUCACACGCCGACCAAUGGGUGAUGCCCCAACACUCACAGAUCGCUUACAUCUCUCCUAA